AAUCUUUUUACAGGUGGAAAGAUGUUUAGGAAAUCGUGUGUUUGUCAUCCCAGAAAAAAAUGCAAGAACACAGUAUGCGUGUAGUUCUUAAAAGAUGAACAGCUUGAACAGUCGUUUUUAAAACUGACGUAGUUCAUUUAACCAGAAUGGUUUGUGAUUAUUUUUAAAAAGACAAACAUGUAAAACGACAAGGUUCUUCACGUAUUUAGAGAAUGUGCUAACUUUUGUUCUAAUUUUAUUUGGCCCUUUUUUUUUUACCAUAGCUUCGUAGAUAUUGAAAGUAAGAUUUGAACUUAUUCUGAAUUGUUGUUUUUAAAAGUUCACACUAAAUAAUUAGCUAUUAGGUUUAGAUCUACAAUCACUUAAACAAAAUGGAACAACAGUAUAUUUUAAGUGAUUCAGUCGAUGCACUGGCAACAGAAGAGACUUAUGAACAUGAGGAUGAAAAGUAUGUUGAAGAUACAAACGGUGUUACGUUUGUAAACAAUGAGCAGAAUGAUUUUGAGGGGGCUGGGCCAGAGCACAUGGAAAACAUGGGGGCGGGGGUGAUUGAAGGUAACACAGCGAUAAACACAGAUGUUCACGAUAUUGUGUAUGAAGAAUACGAUGUUGGGGACACAGUGGUGUCUUCAUCUGAUCACGCAUAUUCAUUUGAGAUUGAUCAAGAAGGUAACUUGGUUCACCAAGCAACUGAAGUAAGAACUGGCACUCACCAAGUGAAAACCACAGAGAAAGAAAAGUUCAACGUUGAAUCACUUAGCUAUGAACUUCAAGUUGGAUAUAGAAUUCUGAGCAAUAUGAUGAGUGCUAGCAACAGAUGUGUCAACAAACUUUUUCUUUAUCCUGUUGAUGACAGUUACCCAGAAACUUCAGAUUAUUAUGAGAAAAUCAAAGAACCUAUGUGGAUGUUUAAAAUGAAAGAAAAGUUUGAAAACCAUGAAUAUAAUGAUUUGACUGACUUCAUGGCUGAUUUUCGUUUGAUGAUUGAGAAUUGUUAUCGUUACAAUGGACCAGACAACUUUGUUUCCAAAAAAGCUCAGAAACUCGAAACAAUGAUGAAGCAAAAAGUUGCUUUAUUAUCAAGAGAUUUGAGGGAUAAAAUUAUGGGUGCCUCUAAUGUUGAUGAUGAAAUGCUGACAUCAGCAGGCAUUCGAAGGAGAGUUAGAAAUCCCAAUCUGUCAUCCGACGACCCAUCUCAGCAACUCCUCUCUAAGCUGCGCAGAGAUCGGGAGAUGCAGGAGAAAGUUGACAGAAAACAAAAAGUCGAAGACAGAAAAGCAAUGGAACAAGCCCGAGUACAGGAUCUCCAAGAAUGGGAAGAUAAGAUUUUGGGGCCUGAUGUUAAAGAGAAAAUUAGAACUAUGUGGGAGCUUCCUCAAAUUGGACUGUUUGUUUAUUUAUGUAUGGAGAGUCUUGGUUUGGAAGAGGAAGUUACGCAAUAUCAGUUGGAAAGAGGCAUUGCUAUGCCUAGAGAAUGUUCAGACUUCAGGAGACUUAUGACUUGUUUGUUGUCCACACCACAUCAAAGAAAGAGUUUAAAAAGUUUUAUGCCUUAUCAUGUUUGGAACUCAAAGCUAACAUUAAAAAUAGAUUAUUUUUAUAAAAUGUUGUCUGAAAAGAAAGGCAAUCAGACUCAGGUUUGUUAUAAACUUGGUUUGGAUACUCGUGCUUUCAAAAUGAUGGGUAAAACAAAUCCUUUGUUGAAGAAAAAGUUCCAUGAGCUUAGUUACUUGAAGCGUGUUUGGAUUCUUAAAAACUACUGUGAUUUCUGUAUGGAAACCCAGCAGUAUCUCCAGAAAACGAUAGAUGAUAUAGAAGCUGUUCGGCCUUUAGAUGUCAGAGAGGUCCAGCUAGGGUCGGAUGGUAGAGGCUACAGAUACAUCAAUUUCCCAAUGUUUACUGGGAAGGAUAUUCGUAUUUACAAGCACUCAAAGACUCCAGAGCCCAGUAUUGAUUCCCUUGGCUUGGCUGAUUGGUCUGUGGAGAGUGAAAAGCUCUCUGCGUCAUCUUCCCGCUGUUCAACGCCAGUCAACCCUAAAGGCGGUCGAUCAACUGAAACACCUUCUACAUCACUUCGAGCAAGGGCACUGUUGCAGGCAGCUGAAUCUAAUGAUGCUUCACCACUGAGAGAUACUUCAAGAUCAGGGUCCGAGGCACCAGAAAAUCGACUGUUUCAGACACCCACAUCUGACAAUGCAGAGAGCUCGACCAAUGGCAGUAAACAGAACAGUGUUAAAAAAAGAAAGAGGUCAGGCCUGUUUUCCAGCAAGCGCAAGCGGUUGAAAAAAAGCACCCCGAUGAGUAAAACUGAUUCGUGUGAUAUGAUCGAGGAAGAGGAAGAUGACGGUAGACUUAACACUAGUGAUGUUCUUAACCAGAGUGGUUCUGGUUUAGACUUCAGUGAUAACCCUCAUGUGCCGCAAAGUACAAUGACCACAAGCAGUGAGAAGCCACUGUCAAAUGGAGAUUCAUCAAACACAGAUAAUCAGAAUUCCAAUGUGUCACAGAAAAUUCCAAACAGUUCUUCGAUUGCAGAUGAUUCUGCGCAGAACAAAGGGGACACUGGGUCUCAGAUGAAAUCCAAACAGCAGGACAGUGCUUAUCUUUCAUAUGACAGCGACAAGUCAAUAAAAGAAGAGGAGAAGGAGAGCCUAAAUGCAGGAGACAGUGUGUCUGUGAUAAAGAAAAAUGGAGAACAAUCUGAUUCAGUGUUGAAUAAGAUAAAAUCAGAGGACAACUCAAAAAUUUUAACUUCAAAAUUAAAGCAAGAGCCGUCAACAAAUGCCAGCCAGUCUACUUCAGAAACAGAAUCAGCUGCUGAGGCUAAAUGUUCUUCCCUUGAUGCGAUUAAAAAUGAGACAGGAGAUGGACAGGACAUCAAAGCAGAGAUCAAGCCUGACAGUGAUGAUGUUAAAAAAAUAAGUCUUGAUCAGAAUAAGGUGGAAGUGUCCAGUGUGAAAACAGAGAUCAAGAAAGAGGAGGAGGUCGAGGAAGAAGACACAGAUGAGGAAGAUUUGCCAGACGUUGGAAGAAUUGAAUUAGCAGCGGAGAGUAUGGAAGAUAUCCGUGCACUCAUGAACAAACUGUCCAACCCUGAACCCAUCAAACGAGGAAAGAGGACAUACCCUGGAGUUAUGAAGCCAUGUGAGGAAGAGCUACUUGCCAAUAUUACUACAUUUUAUGAGGAGCUCUUGAAGUAUGAGAAAAGCCUUCAAAACGCUAGAGUUAGCAUGCAGGCCAAACUGCGCAAAGAAGUGGAAAGCUAUGUUGAGCCUAAAGUAGACCAGGAGGCAAAAGGCUGGGACAGCGAUCAUUCCCAAAGCAGCAAAGAUUCCAGUGAGGAUGAAGAAGAGGCAGUCAAGGCUGAUGCAGAGAAUGCCAGGCAGUCCAAGAGAAUCAAAGCCAGCUCUGCUAAACAGGCUGCUGCCACAGCAGCCCUGCUGUCAUCCGCAGCUUCCAAGCUGUCGUCUAUCUCAGGGGAUGGCAAUGAAGACAGCAAUGACAGUUUUGAGUUGGAUAUUAGUUCUAGGGGAAGAUUGAGGAAAAGGCGCAUCAUUCCUAAUAACACUGAAGACACUGGUCUCAAAAAGAGGAAAAACUUACCAAAUCAGGAAAGUCUUUUCAACUCUGGUGCUACCACUGCAGCUUGCGUACCAAUUACUGUAGCUCAUUUGCAACAGCAACCCAUUACGGUACAGAGCAAGUCCCAAGCCUGGCAGUCACACUUAAUAUCUAUGCUCAGCUCAAAUCAGAACAGUUCUGUUAUUAGAGCCCAGCUGGCAAAUCAGAAUCUGGCUUCCCCUGGCCAGGUUUUAAGCCUGAUGGCACCUGGCCCAGAUGGCACAAUGAAGACUAUCCGCGUCACAGGCAAACCAAACAUGGUCAUCUCACCCCAGAACUUGUCCAACUUCAGGUUCCUGUCCACUACGGGUGUGGUGACUCUCCCUCGGAAUAAAGUCAUCUCCUCCUCAGCUCAAACUGCUCACCCAGUCAUCCAACAGUUGCUGCUCAGUCAGCAAUCCUCGACCCCAUCCUCGGCUUCCACAACCACUGUGUUCUCGUCAAACACUUCCUCUGUGAUGUCGACGACACAAAACCCCAAGCCAAAUUUACAGCCCAACCCUAAUGCAGUUAAAGUCUCUUUGGUCAUAACUGCUCCUUGUGGGGGUAACCCCCUGGCCUCGUCUAAGCCAUCAUACGUGAUGGCGCCACAGUCUGUGGUGGUCACGCAGGUCUCGACCAUGACCCAAGGUGGCAAACAGGUCCUGGACCUCGGCAGCUUGUCCAUGACCCAGAUACAACAGCUGAUAAAAAACCAGGCCAUACAGAUCAACACAGGCGGGGGCAACCCUACUACUUUACUCUUAACGAGUAACCUGCAGUCUUUAGCUUCUUCCCGAGCUUUACCAACCACGUUGACACCCAGUCUUGCAGCGCCAGUUAGAAUUCCUAAUAAUUUAUCUCCUGUACAAGCCAAGAUAAUCCACCCCACAGGAGCCCAGCCAUCAAUAGUUAACAUAAUCAACAAAAAACCAUCCGUCAGCGCCCCUCAGAUCAUAGUCAACACCAGGCAGAAUCCUAUGCUGACAUUGUCUGGUCAGGUCCCAGCACAGGUCAUCAGGCCAUUCACAACACAAACAAGUUCUGUCGUCAGGGUAGCCGCACCUGUUGUUUCGUCUCAAAUCUCACCUGUCGGCAACCAGGAGCUCUCCGUCUCCCAGCCAAACGCCCCAUUUGUUAGGGCUGCCCCUUUAGCUACCUCCUUAGCCGGUAAAGUUGUGCUGUCCCCUAACUUCACUAACCUUGGUUUGAGACCUGCUAACCUCCGACCUACCAGCACCAUUUCAAUGACCACAACACAAAAACCAAUGCCCUCACCCAGGAUCAUCAGUUCCCUCAACCCUGCGCCUACUGUCCGAGUGACGAAAGCAGUGACAACACUGUCUCUGGGAAACUUACCCCAACAAACUGCCGGAGCUUCAGCAUCACCCGGAGACGCAGCUCGAGCUAAAGUUAUAACUGUACCACUCAUGAACGUCUCCCCAGCUAAGAAAUACGCAGGCAAUGUCACUGUUAAGGCGCUGUUAGAAAACCGAGGGUUUAAAAAGAUUGGGGAUGAAGACUAUGAACCAAAUCAAACAGGUGGUUUACUGUCCAGUAGUGGUGUAGAAGCAGCUUCACCAGGUGAAAAAACUAGCGCAGACAACCAAGACAUUUCAGUGAGUAGCAGUUGUGAGGAAAGCAAAGAGAACUCCAAGAACUUUAACACCUCAACAAUUAUUCGGACUUUACAGUGCAAUAGAACUGAGUCAGACUUUGCUAGCAUGUCAGAGAUAUCCAGUUCAUCCCUCCCUUUGUCCACGCUAAGUAUACUCAACGCUCACACCAACCCUUUGUCCAUUGACACUGGCAUGCAAUGUCGUGCCGCGGCUACUUCCUCGGAGGUCAUCGUCCCAACUGUCAACAUCAAGGUCCCUUCCCCAAACACGCUGCCUUCUGUUCUUCAUAACAAAAAUGGCACGACCAUUGUCCAGUCGACCAAAGUACCGAUCCCCGUGGCAACUGAGACUAAGACAGGUGACAGCCUGAGCCCAGUGAGUCUCACAUCAAGUACGUCCCAGGUCUCAACGCUGCAGUCCAUUAAUGCACUCAGCAAAGCCCACAGUCUGGCCAGUAACAAUAUGGUGAUAACAGCUGUCAGUAACUCUGUGGCCCCCUCGACAAUCAAACUGGUAAGCUCAGGGUUAAACACACAGCAGGUGGCCAGUCCGGUGGCGUCCAUGAAAAACGUCAUGCUGAAGGUGACGCCACAGAGCGGCGGGUCAGGGCAGUUUGUGCAGGGUUUUAUGACUUCACGAGGGCUCGUCAUUCCCCAGUCAGCUCUACUGCAGCAGCAGACUGGGGGUAAUGUCAUCCUGAACACUGUCUCGCAGCCGGCCGGCAUCACUCAGCUGCAGACAAACCAGCUAUCCCAGCUUCAGCCAUCCACUGUUUUAUCCGCUGGGAACCAGACUUCCACAUACGGACAGCACGGUAUUGUCAUCACCCAACAGCUGCACCAACAGCCUGCGCAGCAGCUGAUUGUCGCCACACCUAAUUCUUCUUCUUCGCUUGCCACCCAGACCACGAGCCCAGGAUUCAAAGUCAUGUUUUUGAACUCAUCCGUGUCGACCACUCCAUCGUCUUUGACCAGUAACAGCAUUAUCACAUCUGGUCAACACCUGGCCACCAGCACCCCAGCUUCAGAGUUGGUCAAGCAGAUAGCCAACAACUCCCACCUCCAAGCCAGUUCACAACAACGGAUUACCCUAAGUGCUGGAAGCAGCCAGCAGAAUGCGUCACAGCUUCUUAACUCCAUAGUCCAAGGUUCACCCGUACAAGGUAACAACAUGGGACAACAGGCGAGUGUUUCACCACAGGUGGCGGCACAGAUUCUGGCACUCCAGCAGAAGAACCAGAUGCAGCAGCAGAACAUUGUCCUGGCUGCCAAGCCUAACCAGGUACAGAACAAACCUUCUGUUGUAGCUCUACAGCUCCCACAACUUGGACAGUUGAUCAACCUUGGAGGUGUCACGCAGCUUCACCUCCCCCAGCAGCUGACCACCAUCCAGCCACAGUUAGCCUCAAGGGUUGGCCAGUCUGGGCAAGUACUCCAGCUGGCAAUCAACCCCCAGACAGGAAACCAGGCAAUCAUCGCAACACAGAACCCACAGGUGGUCAGAGUAGGCGGUCAGUUGAGUCCACAAAUGCAACUAGCGAACCAGAAUGUGGCGCAGAUGCAACCCCAAGGGAAUAUAGUCCUCCAGCAACAACAGCAACCCACCCAGAACAUUAUAGUCCAACCCCAGCAGGCCAACCUGUCUGUUUUGGGCUCCGGUGUCAACCUCCAGCACUCCGGCGUCAACCAGAAUCUGUCGGCUCUACAGCAACAGCUCUCCAAGACGUCCCCGCUUUCCACAACCAAAGUCCAGACCCCGGUAGGCAACCAAAGCACCACCAGCCUGGUGCUGUCCCAGCUCCAGUCCCCUUCACUUGGUGCCAGCUCUGUCAAUCAAUUCCAGUACGUUCUGAACCCCUCAUCACAGCCAGGCCUGACCCUGGGCAGUGUCUCCCUCAACAAAGUUUCCGCUGGAUCCCUGACAGGGACUGUGAACCGGGUUAUAAGAGCAGACUCCAAUCUGCUUCAGUCCAACUUAAACAGUCAGAACACACUGCAAGGGAUGGUGCCUUCAAUGUCUCAAUCUUCUUCAGCUGUUAUUGUUGGCAACCCCCAGUCUAAAGCCCAGAUGAUUGUGCCAAGUUCCAGUGCCGGUCAGUAUUUGAUAUCACCGGUCAAGCUGGCCCCUCAGCAAGCCAAUAUGAUCAGUCCCAUCAAGUUUAUCAACGCCCUGCCCAGCCCUAACUCAGUCGCUGGACAAAACUCCUCCCAGUUUGUCAUCAACAACUCCGCUUUAGCUGGUGGUUCAAGCCAAGGUUUAGCCAAGCCCUCGGUUAUUUUUGCUAGUGGACAGUCCAGCAACGUUGUUGACAAGAAAGAGGGUAAAAUAGCUCAGAUUCUCCUCAGCCAGCCUAUAGCUAGCAUCAACGCUAAUCAACCUCACAUUACCAGUCAAACAACCACUCAGCUACCUGUCUCUCUUGGUGUAGGUUCUAAACCAGGCAGUGAAAACUCCAAGACAUACUUAUACAAAAUAGGCGAUCAGUACUAUUCCCCGACCACUAACAUCUCCGUGCCCAGUAUCCAGCAGAUGACCUCGGGGACUAUGUCAACAAGUGCCAAGACAGAUGUUCAACUGUUUGUGCCCCCUGCCUGCAUUGAAGCAUCCGACCAAAUCUUGAAACAAAACAAUACUCUGUUCACAACAAACCUAAAUUCUAACAUGGCUUCAACCUCAUCACUGUCUCAGAAUCUGAUUGCCAGCAGACCAACAGGAAGGGAAUCAUCCACCACAGGGUCUGUGAACGGGAUCCACAACGGCAACGCACAGUUUUCUUUUUCACUGUCAGGCCCAUCCACUCUCGGCACCAAGCCUGCCUUUAACGGCCAGACCUCUGUGGUCAGGACCCAGCAGUCAGGGGGUGCUAGCGUGUUGAUGCUGAACUCUUCUAAUGGCGUCUUAGAUUCUGAGAGUCGGCAGGUGAAUGCCGGUGAGAAGCAGUACAGUUUGAAGGGGGCCCCUCAACAUGGGUCUGCCACUAAUACUAAUCUAACUGUACAGGAACAGAAUGAGAAGGAGGCUGCUUUAAACCUACUCACAUUGGCCAAUCAACCUAUAUAAAUAGCUGUGUGAACUUGUACUACUCAGAUAAGUUUCUAAACUUGUUGACUAGGCCUGUAUGUGGUCUGUAAAUUAUUGCUCCGGCUAUCAUUGCUUUCAACCUCUAAACAAGUAGGGCAAGCCUUAGCUAUUGUUUAGAAUACAUUUCCAAUGGUUCUCACAAUAUGUAACUCAAGAUUAUUCUCCUUACGAUUCUAGCUUUACUAUUUAUGUACUAAAUUAGUAUGUAGUAAUGAGGACGGUACAGAAGACUGAGUAAAAUUUAGGUUUAGACUAAAAACAUUUCAUUCUUAAAAAAUAAAUCAUUAGAUGUAUUUUUUUGUACAAAGUGUUUAGGGUCAGCUAAACUUGCAUGUUUACAAUCACUAGUCACCUGAUUAAUUUGUGUCAUUAUUUCAUGUGCUUAAGUUAUCCAAAUUUUAUGAAUGGCAGUUUUCUUAUUCAGGUUGACUAAACUAGUGACCGGUUGAUACAAUUUGAUGUUACAUUUAAAUAGGAAAUUUGACCAAAAUUUCAUGUUACCCUGUACAGUGAUACCCUGUAUUUUAAUACCAGUUUUUUUUAUUGUAAAUUUGAAAUGCAUUUCAUUUGUACUUGGGUGUCAGAUUAUCCCUUACAGUAGUAAUUUCUACUGUUAGUUAAAAUUAUUCCAUUCUAAAUUUACAUGAAUAAUUUAUGUAGAACAUAAUUCACAAACUGUUAGGAAAUUAACCUUUUGUCCAACUGAAAUUAUUUCAGCUUUUCUUAAAGUAUAACCUAGUCUGUGUCAUGAAGAAAAAUCCUUUGUUAAUAUUGUUAGCUGUCUUUGUAAAGAUAUUAUGUAUUAUAUAACAAUCUUUGACCUGACUACUUAAAAGUUUAAGGCUUAUUAAAUUAUAGCAGGACAUUACUGAUGCGGAAAUCCAGUGUGUAGUUCAAACAUCAUAAGAGAUAAAAAGUUUGUAAUUGUAUGGCUGGAAUAAAAAAAACAGGACUUAACAUGCCUUAUCAAAGCAUUGGGAAUUUGCUUUGACAUAAUUCAGUAUUCUUAAAUAUUUAUGUGAUUGUUUUUUUUUUUUAUUUUAUUUUGUUGUAGAUUUAAGUUUUAAUUUUUUAAAUCCAUGUCUAAGAAGAACUUAGCAUUUUAAAUAUACAUUAACUUUAUUUUUAAAUUAUUAAAAUACUUAACAUGUUCAUUAAUACUUAAGGAACUUGAAUUGUUUCUAGAUUUUUUUUAAAAGCCUUUCAUUUUAAUUACAGAUUCCAUACACACAUCUAGACCUUACUAUCAAAGCACAUAACUCUAUUUUAAAUACCUAUUUCAUUGGAUUUUAUGUAAAUAAAAAUUCUUUUAUCUCAUUAGGCAGUCUGUUCUUAAGGCUAUCUGUAUGUCUUUCUUUGGUUUAUUUAUUGGCCAGUUACAUGUGCAAGUUUGUAAAUUCACAGGCCAUAAUUUAUUUAGUUGUGUAAAUAGUUGGUUAUGUAAAUUUGUACACAAUUAUUACAGUUUGGAUAGCUUUAAAUUUGGAAUGGCUCAGUGCUUCUUGUUAGACUGAUCGUAUUUGUAAAGUACAAACACAGACAUUAUAGUUGAUAGUGCCAAAAUUAUUAUAAAUAAAGCUAUGGAUAAUUUCAUUAUUAAACCCAUAAAGAUACUUAGUGGUGUCUAAAUACCUGUACUUUAUGGUACUUAGCUAAGACAGGGUCAGCCUGUGUCAAAAUAAGUUCACCCCCCCCCCCCCCCUGCUUAUUUUAGUAUGUUGUGCUGAAACUUGGUUACUGGUUAUGGAAUGAUGUAUUUUUGUUAAACCAAUGCCACAGCAGUAAUGUGACCCCCCUUUGUGCCUUGUACACAUUUUAUGUUCAGUAGCAUAAUUACCAAACAUAGAGAUUGUAUGUCAUUUAAGUUUUUAAAGGUCUAAGAAGUGAAGGUGUAGAAUUGUUAUCUGGAUGUAUCCAAUCCCUGAUAGUUUACUUGUUCAUUUGCUAUGUAUUGCAAAUCUUUCAUUUUUUUGUAAAGAUUUGUAGUUGGUGCAAUUUUCUUGUUUAUUUGCUUUCUUUGUCAUUGUUUUAACUUUAAGAAAUCGGUAGAUUUAACAUCCUUUGGAAACAUGAAUCAUAGUGAAACAAACAGCUACCUGCAUCAUUCACAUGCAUGUUUUAGAUGGUAUCCAUUUUCAUUGUUAACUGUUGGCUUCACUUUGGUCUUCCCAUUUUAAUAGUGAUAAUUAACAUGUCAAAUUUGAAGCCACUAAUAGAUAAAUAUUUCUCACAAAACAAUUACGCCAGAGAUUUGGUCAGGCCAAAAAGUUUGGGAUACAAACACUUUUUGUACAUUACUUUGAUUGUAUGUUCAUGAUGUUAUUUUGAAUUAUGACAUUCCAUUAGAAUUCACUCAGAUUCUGAGUUCAGAUGGCCCCGUAAGACACAUCCACUUAAUAAAAGUUACUAUUCUUCAUAUUAACCAUGUCUU